AUGGAUAUAUUAAUUGAUUUUGUUUCCCAGUUUAUCCAAAAUAGGCACGAGGAUGAUCACUUUGACAGAUUAAAUUAUCAAAUUACCCCGUUCCUUUUCGUCUUGCUUUCUCUUGUUAAUAUAUCUAAGCUCUAUAUUGGCUCAGCCAUUAAUUGUUUUGCCAAAGCAGAAUUUAAGGAAGGCUGGGUACAAUAUACAAAUGAUUAUUGUUUAGUAGAAAAUACUUAUUAUAUUAGAAGCGAUGAAAGAAUUCCGUUACAAAAAGAAUUGAGAAACCGAGAAAGAAUUGCUUAUUAUCAGGCAUGUUGUAAUUGUAAAACUUGUUUGUUUUAA